AAGAGGGGCCGGGCUGGGCAGGGACCCAGAGCCAGGCAUGGCCCUUGCAUCUGUCCUGUUCCUCCUGCUACUGGCUGGGGCAGCCGGGGCCGCGGAGAUCGUGGGUGGCCGGGAGGCGCGACCCCACUCGCGGCCCUUCAUGGCGUCGCUACAGCUGACUCGGACCCCAGGGAGCCACUUCUGCGGGGGGACCCUGAUCCACCCCAGCUUUGUACUGACCGCCGCCCACUGCCUGCAGGACAUCCCUGCCCACCUGGUGACCGUGGUGCUGGGUGCCCACGACCUGCAAAGCACGGAGCCAGAGCAGCAGCGAUUCACCAUCAGCCAGGUGUUCUCCAACAACUACGACCCGGAGGACAACCUCAAUGACGUGCUGCUCCUACAGCUGGACCACGCGGCCUCGCUCGGCGCUAUGCCACUGUCCUUCGCUGGCCGCCCUCACCCCUCACCCCAGCCACCUCGGCCUGGCCUGGGGACUGACCAGCCUGUUCGCGUGUCCCCCCAGGGAGACUCAGGCGGCCCUCUGAUCUGCGGCGGCGUCCUGCAGGGCGUGGACUCCUUCGUGAUCCGCGGGUGUGCCACGCGCCAGUUCCCCGACUUCUUCGCGCGCGUGUCGCUGUACAUGGAUUGGAUAAACUCAGUGCUGGGCAGAGCCGAGCCCUGGCCCCCUGCAGGCGGCUCCCGGCCCUAACGGGGACUUUGAACAGGGAGGACCUCCCGGGAGGACGCCCUCCCUCUCGCGUCCCCGAGGGUUCAGCGCGGUCCCCUGUCCGUACAGUCAAUAAAGGUCGGACCCCCCCGUU